GCGCUUCGUCAGUCGAGUCGCGUGCGCGUUCAGAGGCAGAGCACGAGAGUUUGGAUCACGGCCCGCUGAUGUCGCGCGUCUGAAGGAAAUCGCACGAGAGUCGUCGAGAAACUUCAUCGAGUGCACCGAAUUCGAAGACGAAGCGCUUCUGCUACCGAUCGUCCAUACGCUUUCCAGAACCGAUCCGAUCUCUCGCCCGACUACGCCAUAAAAGACGCCAAAAUGGGGCUUAAGAACGAGCUACUGAUCUUGUUUCUCGUUUUCUGCACGAUAACUUUGAUGAGGAUUUUCUCCGAGUUGCCUGCAGAGCAAGAUACGGAAUCAAUUCCGCAGUACGAAAUCUCUCCGAUCGGGAAAGUGCCCUUUUUUCCCGAAGAAAUAACUGAAGAAAUCGAGCCACCGUAUCACCUCGAGUACGAUGAGAUAAACAAUUACGAAUUCAUAUUCGGUGAGAGAAGAGACAAUAUCGUGCAUAACUGCCGGACUUCUGGCCUUUCUGCCGAGGCUUUUUUUCAAGAGUCGGAGGAUCCAUCCGUCGAUCCAUAUAUGAAUAUGAUGAUUAACCCGGGGGUUCCUCCGUUGGCAUGGUGUCCGGUUUACAAAGCGGGGAGCACCAUUUGGAAGAAAAAUUUUGCCAUACUCAGCGGUGACGCCAAGUCCGACGUUCUGCGCACAGGCAAUAGCGACCCUUUGGAUUUGGAUUUAGAGGCGAUCAUCCAGGGACGCUAUACACUCACCUAUCCUGUCAGCCAAAUGAGGAAGAGAGCCACCGGGAUGGCGACCCUUAUGGUGGUGAGGCAUCCUUUCGAGCGACUGCUAUCGGCUUACAGACACAAGUUGGAAAAUCGACAAGACCAAGAGUAUUACUACGAACGUUUUGGUAAACGCAUCGUGGAGAAGUAUCGUCAAAAGUCGUCGAAACAUACGCAAGCCGAGCCGACGUUCACUGAAUUCUUGAACUUCAUCGUCAACGAGCAAGAAACCGACGAUUACUGGGCGCCUUAUAACUCGACCUGUUAUCCCUGCACGAUCAAGUACGACUACGUGAUGAAAUUCGAAAACCUAGUGGAUGAAUACAACUUCUACCUCUUCAUAACCGGUAUGCAUAAGCACGGCUUUCCCUACCCACUCACGCCACUUCCCGAGAACGACCCAAAAAGUUCAACGUCCCAAAAAGUCAAGGAGUAUUAUUUUAAACAAGUGCCCACCAAGCUACUUCGCCAAGUGUACGAGGUCUACAAGCUUGACUUUAUCUUGUUUGAAUAUCAUCCCGAUGAAUAUUACUCAUUUUCGAUGAAAGACUCGGACACUGAAAAAGAUGUUGAAGUCUAUGCGCAUGAAUAAAUUUUAUAUAUCUACUUACUUGUCCAAAACGUGACGCGUUGAGAUACGGCCAUAGUAUAGAGUUGAAAUAUCAUUUGAGGGACUGCUACUAGCAGCGACGUGAAUAGAUUCAAUGUAAAGGCUUCAUUUUCUAAUCGAAAAAUCCAGUCUUUCUCUUUUAAAGUAUUUUUACUUUUCAUGGACUUUAGUACAGAGUUGAGUAAGAAAUAAAAUCUGCCAACAGAAUAAAUUUUAACAAUUUUCCAAAUCAAAUUGGAAUAUUCUGAAUAAAUACCUAUGUAUUACUGCUAAGUGAAACAUGUGUGAGAUCCAUUGAAAUAGCUUCAAUUUUCCAUUUGUUUGAUACCAUUUUAAACUUAGUAACUGGAGAAAGAACGAUGGCACUAGAAUCAGUAGAGCUGUACAAUAAGCCCAUGACUUAUUUGUAUCAAACCAAUGUUCAAUCACCGCAAUGAGAUCUGUCAAAACAUAGAACCAUGUAUUCAAAUAAUAUGCAAUGAUCUCACCAAUAAGAAUGCUGAUAUAGCUAUUAAUUUUAAGAAUUGUAUAUACGUGUAAUUGUAUAGUAUUUUAAUUUAAAUUUAAUCAUGAUUCGUGUGCUAAUAUAGCCACUAAUUGUAAGAAUUGUAUAUACGUGUAAUAUUUUAAUUCAAAUGUUAUCUAGUUAAAAUGUCAAGUUGUUCAUUGACUUUUAGCUCAUUGACUUUAAAUGAAUUGUACAUAGGGUUUAUAGAACUUUUAAACAGCAGUAAAAAUAAAAAAAAAAAAUAAAAUAAAAAAA